AUGUUUCGAUCACGGUCCAGUUCUAUAACUUCGAUUCAUGGCCGGUCCAGUCGCAAAGGUAUAUCAUUGGAUCGUAACAAUAAUCAUAUACGAAUUGAUCGUCAAACUCGUCUCGUGCAUAACACCUCUAAACAUGUAAAUGAAGGAUUUUUUGGAGCGUCCGAGAAUAUCCGGGUCGUUAAUGCUCGAAGCUGUUUGGAACGAAGUUAUGAGAUUGGGCCAUUAGUUGGUCAAGGAAACUUUUCCAGAGUAUACUUUGCUCUUCGAAGGAAAGACGACAAGAAAUGUGCUUUAAAGGAAAUCGAUAAAACUCAAUUACGAGGCAAAUGGUUUUUUGUGGAGAAUGAAGUCGAAAUAAUGGAGAUGUGUAAUCAUGAGAAUAUUGCUCAACUAGUGGAUGCUUUCAAGACUUCACACAAAUACUUUUUAAUAUUCGAUUAUGCCCAGAACGGAGAUUUAUUUGAAGCUAUACGAGUACGUGGAAAGCUUGGUGAACAGGAAUCAGCCAGCAUCAUAUCACAGACGGCGUCAGCAUUAGCUUAUUUGCAUUCACGCAAGAUUGUACAUCGUGAUGUUAAGCCAGAGAAUCUGCUGCUACAUUCCAAUUGGCACAUACGAUUGUGUGACUUUGGGCUAGCGUGUACAGUGCUCGGCCCACUCUUCCGGGUGUGUGGAACUCCAACCUAUUGUGCUCCUGAGAUUCUUCGUGAAUGUGGCUAUGGGACGGCUGUCGAUGUGUGGUCGAUGGGAAUCUUACUUCAUGUGAUGCUAUUCGGAUAUGCGCCUUUUCGGUCUUCUGAUCGAAACCGAUUAUUCCGUUUGAUUAUGCAGGGACGUCUUCACUUCGACUUACCUGAAGGCCGUAAGCUCAGUACACGUGCUCGUGACAUUAUCGGACGAAUGAUUAAUGUGCGACCAGAGAAACGACCGAAAGCCGCCGAAAUACCAUUGCAUCCAUGGAUCGUCCAGCAUUGCUCUGAUUCAGAUGAUAGCUUGACCAUCACAAAACAAAUGAAUGCUAUUAACUUAGAUUUUGAAGAGUAA